CUCGAUCCCAAUUUGAAUCAAAUUGAUCAAAUGAAUUCGGUUCUAAUUUUGUGCGAAUUGGAAAAACAAUAGCCAAUUUAUUAUUGAAUUAAACGGAAUACUGCUAUAGAUGCAUCCAAUUUUAUAUUAUGUGUUGCAAGUUUAAGGUGUAGAACAACCUAAUUAUUAGCAUGGAUCGCACAAUUAUUGCCGUGCAGCGUGCGGAAGAACGAGACCUUAGUGAAAAAUUGUACAAAAAACUGCGCGGGUUGGCCCUAUUACAUCCCCAGACGGAUGAGAUGCGGAAAUGUUUAAACGAGGAAAUGUUCAUCAAACCCAAUGUUCAAGCAUUCUUUCAUGUAAUGCAUUAUCUGUUUUGCUUGUUAGAUCCAGUUGAGUUUAAAAAACGUUUCUAUUGGCCAAUCACAGAUAAAAGGUCCGAAGCAAAUUUUCGUACAAGUACCGUGGAAUACUUAAAAUAUAUAAAUGAAAAACAUAAAUUGCACUGGGGUGACAUAAAGUCCUAUUUGGUGGUAAUGCCCGGUGGUAAGAAGUUCAUUUUAUUCCUUUUGGAACUGGUAGCUUUUGUUGUGCAGGAACAGAUACGUCAUCGAGAAAAAUUGUUAGGUGCUGAAGUGGAGGCUGGUCAUGCGGCUGAAUUAAAUCUAAAGCGUAUGCGAAAGCAAAAUGUAUUCUUCAAAAUUUAUGCUUCGGCUUAUAUAAAUAAUGUUGAUGAACAAAUUGUGCAAUUACGAGAUAAAACACGACAGUUAAAUAAUAUAUUUGAGUCUUUGGCUAAAGAAACCGGCAGGUACAAAACGGAGAUUUACACUGAUACAUUUAUUGCCUCAUUUGAAAAAUCCAACCGUGAAUUGUUCGAAGAAAAGUAUGCGAAAGGAACUGUUAUGGUGCGCAAGUUGGAAGAACCACUUGUUACAUUAAAGGAAGUGAUAGACAAAUUCCAAUUGAAAGAAGCGGAAAUGAAAUACGAUAAAGGCCGCGUGAGGCAAGCUUUACAAAAAAUUUUCGAUGUGUUACCAGCUGAAAAUACAGCAAACUCAGAUGUAUUUGUACAUCCUACUGUAAAUCCUAUGGAUGACAUCCAUUUGAAUGAGCUCAUAAUUGCGUUUAACCAAAUUCAACCGUUAUUAGAAAACGCUUUUAUUGAUGUUGAGCAGACGAGAAAUUGCGGAGAGCUUGCUGCAGCAGAGUUGUCGGCGCUUAAAAAUGAAUUUCAUCGUAUAGAAUCACAAAUUACCAAUUUGCAAUUAUCUUUAAAUAGUCAGAUGAAAAAACGUACUAACAAUAAUAAGCAUACACCAGGAAAUAUGAAUGAAGAUUGUAAUUCCUUAAUGUUAAAAUAUGUAUGCACACCACCAAUUAAAUUUGAAACAAUUAACGCUGGUCGUAUGGAUAAUAUACGUCUGCCACUAUUUGCUGAUAUGCAAACGAAAACUGCGUCCGAUCCUUUCUGUGCAAAUAUUUCAGUUUUACCUCGUUCCGCACGAAAAGUAACUGUAAAAGACUCUUCGAUCGACAUGAAUAAUACUAAUAACAAAUCGCGCAUUAUUGAUUCCACACAACUCUUACGUACUAUUCAUAAGAGCGCUGCGCGUGCGCAACGAAAAAAUUCUCAAAAUUUGUCAACUACAUCUGCAGCCUUAUUAAGUACCAGCUGGCGAGAACGCCAGAAUCUCUUCCAUUUCGAUAUGGAAUCCGAACCUGUGGUGUCAACUGAAAACACAAUUAAAACGAUCAGCAAUGUUGGUGAUGCAAAUAAAAGCAUUAAUCGAACAGCAGAUAAUAAUCAAAUGAAUGGGCUUAGUCAUAUCAGCACUUCCCCCUAUACUCCCUUCAAUUCUAACGAACGAACACGUAUCCCACGUACACAUUUACUGGAUGCGAUAAACAGCAGCAGUGGCAGCGGUGGCUCAAAAACGAAAGUUUUUUACUCAAGGCGACUAUCGGCAGUGCAGAAGGUCCAAGGCGAUUCUUUAAAUAUAGCGAAUAUGAGCACGAGUCCCUCUGGGCGACUCGAUGCACUAGUGCCGACAACAAAUGAAUACGUCGAUACGCCACGACUCAAAUUGAACGACAUCACAAUGCAGGAAAAUGCAAUUUUUAUAGAUAAAUCUGAUGAGCGUGUGACGACAGUACAGGUUUUGGAGUUGUCUUCCAGAUGUGUAUUAGUGAGUAAAGAUGAGCAAAAAAUUACAUUGAAUGGCGAAAAUGAUCAAAAUGUUGGUAACACACCGAAGAAUCAGCAAAUGCCAAUACAAAUAAUUACCGAUAAUGAUGAUGAUUUAUUCAAUAUUAGCGAUACUGUGCUAAAGGACAUUACAAUGUAAUCAAAUAUCUCACAUCUCAC